GCGCUACCUCCUCGCCUCUCUGCGCCGGCAGCUCCAGCACGGCUGUGGCCAGCACCCUGACUAGGACUGCACUCGGGGCUGGUGGUCCCGGGACGCCACGUGCCAGUGCCCAGGCUCCCCGUGUCUCUCCGCCACCCCAAUGGCCACCGGCUCCAGCGACUCCAAGCCCUCUUGCCAGCCCAGGAUGGAGAACUUCCGCAAGGUAAGCACGUCUGAAGAGCAGAGCCCCUUGCCCUUCGCAGAGCUGCCGCCUGGCAUUGUGGAAAUGAAGGUGAAGGAGGGCAGCAAGAUCCGCAACCUUAUGGGCUUUGCCAUGGCCCACAUGGAGCGCAAGGGCAGCCGGCAGAUCGUGUUCAGCGGCUGUGGCCGCGCUGUCACCAAGACCAUCACAUGCGUGGAGAUCAUGAAGCGCAAACUGGGCGGCCUGCACCAAGUCACCAAGGUGCGCUACCAGACACUGCGUGAGGUGUGGGAGAGCACGGAGCCGGUGCCUGGCGGCACACCGCACCAUCUCACCGUGCACAAGAAUGUGCCCUCCAUCUGCAUCCUCCUCUCCCGUGACCCUCUGGAUCCCAGCCAGAYGGGCUACCAGCCUCCGGAGCCAUCCAGGAGCCCGGCAGUGGGAGGAGAAGCGUCGGGAUCCCCUGCCAAGGGGCUGAAGAGAGCUGUGAAUGCCCCGCUCGAGCGGGCCAGCAAGAAGGUGCAGGGUCCCGAUGGCCCUGCUGGGGACCUCCCGCUGUCCCCUCGGCCCUGACUGCCCCAUGAGGAGUGACCAGAUGGGGCGCACGGGCAGGAGAAGGAAUAUGGGA